UGGAUGGGCGGCGGGAGGGAGUCCCGCUCCUGUUGUUUUCCGCGAGCGGGAGUGGGUGGCGGGCGCAGAGGGCGGGGUGCGCCCUCCCACCCCGGGCCGGGCGCUCCGGAGACAGAAUCGCGCCGGGAGUCCAGCGCGGCUCCCACCGGUGGACGUCGGGCUCAGCCGAAGCAUCCUUCCUGGGGGCUGCGGAGAGUCGGGCUCCUCUGUCGUUCCGACGACCUGGGAGGAGCACUCAGUACCCCAGGGGCCGGGGCCCUGGGGAGGGGAGGGGCGCACACCCACACACACCCGGAGCGCACACCCGGAGCCUGCGUUUCCUGAGGAGCCCCUGCCGGCGUCUGGGGUGAGAUGGCCGCGGGCGUCCGGGCGUCCCAGCCGCAGGUCCUUGUCUGCCUCGGGGUGCUGCUGGCCCGCUGGGUCGCCGCAGGAUUGGAGGCUCUGGUCAUUGGGCAGGUUCACGAGAACAUUACUCUGCACUGUGGCAACGUCUCGGGACCAAGGGGCCCGGUAACCUGGUACCGGGAUGACUCGGAGCCUGUCUUCCUCCUGUCCUACAAUUCCAGCUUCCCGCCGGCUGAGCCGCGCUUCUCUCUGGCAGAUGCCAGCUCGCUGCACAUCACCGCGCUGAGGCCGCGGGAUGAGGGCAACUACACCUGCCGGGAGGUCCUGAACGAGACCCGGCGGUUCCGAGUGUGGCUGCAGGUGGCUGGCGGCCCCUGUGAGGUUGAGGUCAAUAUCUCCAGCACCGGCAAGCUCCCCAAUGGCACUGUCUAUGCGGCCAAGGGCUCCCAGGUGGACUUCAGCUGCAGCAGUAGCUCCUGGCCUCCACCAAUGGUUGAAUGGCAGUUUCGGGCCCCAGAUUCCAGCACCGAGCCCUUUGGAAACAACCUGACAGUCAGCUACUUCACUCUGCUGCUGAUGUCACAAAACCUCCAAGGAAACUACACCUGUUUGGCCACGAACAUGCGCACUGGGAGACAGCGAAAGGUGACCACCGAGCUCCUGGUCUACUUCCCCCCUCCAUCAGCCCCUCAGUGCCGGGCAGAGAUGUCACAAGGAUCACUCAUGCUGCAGCUCACCUGUCGCUGGGACGGGGGAUACCCAGACCCGGACUUCCUGUGGACAGAAGAGCCAGGAGGUGUGGUCGUGGGGACGUCAAAGCUGGGAGUGGAGAUGCUGAACCAGUCCCAGCUGUCAGAUGGCAAGAAGUUCAAGUGUGUUGGGAGCCACAUAGUGGGGCCGGAGCUGGGAGCCAGCUGUGCAGUACAGAUCAGGAGCCCCUCCCUUCUCUCUGAGCCCAUGAGGACUUGCUUCGUGGGGGGCAAUGUGACGCUCACCUGCCAAGUGACUGGAGCCUACCCCCCUGCCAAGAUCCUGUGGCUGAGGAACCUCACCCAGCCUGAGGUGGUCCUCCAGCCCAAUGGCCACUAUCUCAUCACGCAGAAUGGCCAGAUCUCCAGUCUCACCAUCCGCAACUGCUCCCAGGCCCUGGAUGAGGGCUACUAUGUCUGUCAGGCUGAGAACCCUGUGGGGGUGCGGCAGGUGGACAUCUGGCUGACCGUGAAAGACCCCUUUCCAGUCUCAUCCUGGGCCUCCUGAAAAAGGUAAGCAACUAUCCUGAAUUUUUUUAUUCAAGAAAAAUUUUACUACAUAGUGAAAUCCUUGCUGUUUCCACUCCACAUUUUGUUCCUAGGGUUUAUUCAUGCCAACAUGUGUAAUUAUACUUUGUACCUCUUCACUGCUGUAGGAUUUUCUACUGUGUCAUGGUUCCACAACUAAGUUACUAAUUUUCCUGCUGAUAGACUUUGGUAUUGUUUCUGAUUUUGAUGUUGUUGUUGUGAUGAGCAAAAGUGUUGCCAUGAAAAUCUUUUACCCAGCUCCUUGUGUACACAUAUAUAGCAGGUUCCUAGGCAAAUAUUUCUCUAGGAUAUAUGUAGAAGGAAUAGAAAGGAAGGGUUAUGCACAUUUGUAUCUUUCUGGGAUAAUAGCAAAUCAUUUUCCAAAGUGGUCGUACCAAUUUCUAUUCACAGCAGCAGUAUUGAAGAGUGUUGAGUUGUUCUGCAUUUUUGCCUUCAGGCUUUGUGAUUUUUGCCCAUUAAGUACAUGUAAAAUGGAAUCUUACUGUUCUAAUUGGCCCUUCUGUGUUACCAAGAAGAUUGAACAUUAUUUCAUAUGUUUGCUAUUUGUGUUUCUUCUGUGAAAUACUCACUGUGUCUUUUGACAUUUUCCCCUUUCUUACAGAUAUGUAGGAGUUCUUUAGAAAUUCUGCAUACUAAUUCCUUGUUAGUUUUACAUGUUACAAGUAUUUCCUUUUAGCUUGUUUGUCUUUUUUUGCUUUCUUUUUGGUAUCCUUUGAUUAGCAGACAUUCUUACUUUCAUGUAGUUAAUUUUAUGGAUCUUAUAUCAUUAGCAAUUUUUACAUCUCAAGAAAUCUUAUCUCCCCCACGGCCACAAAGAUACUAUCCUAUACUUUCUCCUAAAAAGUUUUAACAUUUUGCCUUUUACAGUUAAAUCUUUAACCCAUCUAGAAUUGAUUUUUGUGAAUGGUGUGAGGUGUGGGGAUUGAGUUUCUCCCCCGCCCAAAUUUGGAUAGCCAUCGAUUCCAGCACCAUUCUUGAAUAAUUCCUCUUUUACUCACUAAUCUAUCAUCUAUCAAAUUUUCUUUUACGUGUAGUCUGUUCUUGGGUUCUCUAUUCUGUUCCAUUCAUCACUACUGUUUAUCAUGGGACCAAUAGCUCACCUUCUUCAUUUCGGUGGCCUUAUAAACAGUCUUGAUGUCUGGAGAUUUUAACCUUCCAGUCUUCCUUUGCAUCACAUGCUUUCCACAAACUGUCUGAGGUCGGGAAAUGAGAUAUUUAUCUUCUUUACGGAGAGGUCAUAUGCCUUGCCGGAUAUCAUGGAACCAAAACAAAACUGAGACCCAGGCAGAGGAAGGGAGCUGUUGCUCUUUGACCAGCACGUCAAAGAAUCAAUGGAAUGAAUCAGUAGUGUGAUUUGUCGGGGCACCUGGGUGGCUCA